CACUUGGAGAAUAGAAACCUUUUCAGAUCAAUUUUAUUCAUUUCUAAUAAACAAUUUCCUUUUCCUUUUUCUUUUUCUAAAUUCUUAGCGAACCAUACAGAUAGAACCAGAGAUCGCUUUCCUAUAAGUUAUAUAGCCCAUUUUCUCUCUCUUCUUCUUCUUCUUCUUCUUCUUCCUCUUCCCAUCUCUCUCCCCAAUUGAGAUCGUUUUCAAAUUUGUAUCAGUGAUCCAGGAUUUAUCUUCUUAUGCCCUUCUAUCUUGAUUUACACCGGGUUUCAAGAAAAACCUCAUGUAAAAGAAGUCAACUUUGAAGUUCCCGUUGAUUUAAGCGUAAGUUAUAACUACGAUUUGCCUUGGUUUUCCGGAAAAUUGAAGUAAUUCAAAGGCGCGUUCAUGAAAUUACCUUCUCGUGGGAUUUCUUGAUGUUAAUCCCACAUUUUGUUACUAAUUAGAACCAUUCGACUCCAGAAGUGAUUAGGGUUUUUGCUAAUUUGGUAUUAGGCUAGCAAGAAAACUUUACUUUCUUGCCUAAGUUAUGAUCAAUAAGAUCUUUAAUCGGCUUCCAAGAAAGCCCAAAUCUCACGAUAAUCGAGAUCAAGGAAACCCUAAUUCUUCCUCAAACACAUCCACAAGUUCAAGACCCAACAACGAUUCAAACCCAAACCCUAAUCGAUUCGCCAAUUCAAAUCCCACACCCCAAAAACUCACAAACAACAACAAGCUUCUCCAACCUCAAACAUCAAAACUAAACGGAUCUUCAUCUUCAUCUUCAUACGAAGCCUUACCUUCUUUCAAAGAUGUCCCAAACUCCGAAAAACAAAACCUAUUCAUCCGAAAGCUAAAACUAUGUUGUGUUGUAUUCGAUUUCACCGACCCCACAAAAACCCUAAAAGAAAAAGAAAUCAAAAGACAAACCUUAGUAGAACUCGUAGACUAUGUCUCAUCCGCAAGUGGAAAGUUCCCCGAAACCAUUAUGCAAGAAAUCGUGAACAUGGUAUCCCUAAACAUCUUUAGAAGACUCACCCCUCAACCACGUGACAACAAAAUUCUAGAAACAUUUGAUGGAGAAGAAGAAGAGCCUUCAAUGGAUCCCUCAUGGCCUCAUUUACAAUUAGUCUAUGAAUUCAUCCUAAGAUUUGUAGCAUCACCCGAAACCGAUCCAAAACUAGCCAAACGUUACAUCGAUCAACCCUUCGUUCUAAAAUGGUUAGAUUUAUUCGAUUCAGAAGAUCCACGUGAACGCGAAUACCUAAAAUUCGUUCUUCAUAGAAUGUAUGGAAAGUUCAUGGUUCAUCGCCCUUUUAUCCGAAAAUCAAUCAACAACAUAUUCUUUCGAUUCGUGUUUGAAACCGAAAAGCAUAAUGGAAUUGCCGAAUUGUUGGAGAUUUUAGGGAGUAUAAUUAAUGGAUUUGCAUUGCCAUUAAAGGAAGAACAUAAGUUGUUUUUAGUACGUGCUUUGAUACCACUUCAUAAACCGAAAUGUAUACCGAUGUAUCACCAACAAAUAUCGUAUUGUAUUACACAAUUUGUUGAAAAAGAUUGUAAGCUUGCGGAUACGGUUAUUAGGGGUUUGUUGAAGUAUUGGCCAAUUACUAAUAGUUCAAAAGAAGUUAUGUUUUUGAGUGAACUUGAAGAGGUUUUGGAAGCUACUCAGCCUCCAGAGUUUCAAAGAUGUAUGGUGCCUUUGUUUCGACAGAUUGCUCGAUGUUUAAGCAGUUCACAUUUUCAGGUGGCAGAAAGAGCAUUAUUCCUAUGGAACAAUGAUCAUAUCGAGACCUUAAUCAAACAAAAUCGGAAAGUAAUCUUGCCAAUAAUAUUUCCAGCUUUAGAAAGAAACACAAAAACUCAUUGGAAUCAAGCUGUUCAAAGUUUGACUUUGAAUGUCAGAAAGAUCUUCUUGGAUGCUGACUCACAACUCUUUGAAGAAUGCUCAAAGAAGUUCAAAGAAGAUGAAUCAAGAAAGGAAGAAACCAUGGCUAAACGAGAAGCCACCUGGAGCCGCCUUGAAGAGGCGGCAGCCUUCCGCUCCGCUGGCGGCAAUGGCGGCGGCGGUAGUGGGCCGGUGGUGAUGUCGCAGAAGGUCAUUGCAAAUCAUGUUUCAUCAUCAUCUGGGUAGAACAAAUAUGAGCCAUUAUUGGGUUUUUGUUGCUCGUUUAGGAAAUGGUGAGAUUGGUUGUGGUGGUGGUUUGAAUGUGAAGGAUUUGUGUAUAUACGAUUUGACCCAUUUUGGAAAUGUUUGUUUUUUUUUUUUAGAUGAUUUAUGAAUUGUUAUUUCUCAUUUUCUUGGACUUUAAUCAUGUUAGUUUUAUAUAAUUCAUGUUUAAGUUGCA